UCAGCUGAUGAGAGUUUAGAAACUGUACUAAACUACAACUCAGGAAAACACUCAAUUAUGCCUGCAAGUUACAAGAACUAGAACACACACAUGCAAUAAAUGGAAAAAAAGCUAAAACUUUAUUAAAAAAUCUAAAUAAAAAUGAAGUGUGUAGUCGUGUUAGUCCAUGGAGCCAUUUCCACCAGGCAUUCACACCUCUGCAGUACUCUGAAUGAGACAUACAUCUGUAAACUUUAACCUUUAACUUCUCUGUAAACUUUGACCUUUGACUGUCUUGGGCUCUGCUAAACUGAACAGCAGGGAAGGUCUUGAUCUGACGUGCGUUCUCAUGGUCAUUAUUGCCACUGUCUCUGGACCCCCCAGUAACCCCCCAGCACAGCAAACCGCAUGAAGUACCUCUUCAAAGACCCACCGUCCAGAAAAUCUGCACAAUUCACUGGGAUUAACCAUGUUGCAGGUAUGUUAUGCAAUAUGUAUUUGCACACAGGUGUUACUGGAGUUUCCAGAACGAGGGGAUUGCUUCUAAAUUUCUUUUCCCCAAACCAAUAAUUUUCAGUGCUGUGAAAAAGGAGAAUCAGAAGCUACCAAAUGACCGAGGCUUAAUAGCUUUGCCCGUUAGUCCUGCGUUAGUCCUGCCUCCGGGAGAGCACAGGUACCUCUGCAAACUGGCAGCGUGUUAAUGUUUAGCACAGCGAUUACCGUGACAAUGAUCAUUUUGAUCAAAAGGCAGAUACUAAGAUGGCUCUGCAGUUCCAGGGUCCAGAGCUUUGAUCAUCGAUAUUUUGUGAGAACAGCCUUCAUAUCUGCUGUGAUCCUAUCAAGCUAUUCCAGCUCACGUGUGCUGGCUGAUUACAGCAGUUUCAGGGGGGCGUUUGUGCUUGUCUGGGAGAGUUGCCUGGCUCCCCGGUCCGCAGGAAAUCUGAACUAAUGACUCUUUUGAUCUUUAGAGAAGCGUUAGGAGCUGAGUGUUUGUCUCAGCCCUUCCCUCUGGAUUUAAUGGUAAUAAAUGAUGUUAUCAGUUGAACUUUGCAACUCCACUCUACACUGAGAGAGACGCAUCACCGACCGCCACUAUAAUAGGCUCAGUUUUGCUGUGUCUUCAGCAUCUGACCACGUUCUGACCCUCACACACACCACUACGUCAGUAUCACCAUGCCGGCAGAUUUUAAUGGACAAUGGCAAAUGGUGAGCAACGAGAACUUUGAAGAGUUUAUGAAGGCACUGGAUAUAGACUUUGCUACACGCAAGAUUGCUGCACACCUCACUCAGACAAAGGUCUUUGUGCAAAAUGGAGAUAAAUUUGAGACCAAAACUCUCAGCACGUUCAGAAAUUAUGAAGUCAACUUCACUGUUGGGGAGGAGUUUGAAGAGCACACCAAGGGCCUGGACAACAGAGUGGUCAAGACACUGGUGACGUGGGAAGGAGAGAAGCUGGUGUGUGUUCAGAAGGGCGAGAAGGAGAACCGUGGCUGGAAACACUGGAUUGAGGGAGACCUGCUUCAUCUGGAGUUCACAUGCCAAGACAAAGUCUGCCAUCAGGUCUUUAAGAAGAAGCAAUAAUACUCUGAGUGUUCAACAUCCUGCCAAGACUCCCCCUGAGUUCAGUGUCACUGUACAAAUGUACAUAUGCAUAUGCGAUUUUAAUAAAGUGGUGUAACUGAGGCAACCAUCCUGAUGUUCUCCUGCCAGGGUGUUUGAGACCAGGCAGUAUGCAGAAGAGUUGUGUGUUGUGACUAGAGUUGCUGGAU